GCGACAGAAACUUUUUACCAAUUAUCUCAUUUCUUUUUUUCCGUCACUGUUGUCACAGCAUAAACCGAGCUCGCCGUGGAUGCUGGUUUACCCAUGAAAACUGACACAUUUAAAGUAUCCUGUGAAGCGACUUUAUUUUGAAAGGCAACGAAACGUUUUAAAUAGAUUACUCGUGUGCUUUCAGUACGUUGCAAUCCAAAGAUCUGCUGUUUGCUGUAAACUUCUCGGGAGGCUUGUGGAACGCUCAACGCCGAAAAACUAAAACAAGCAGGAGAAGAAAAGUUUACAUUGAAUACUUCAGAGGUUGUGCUGGUCCGGUUUAUGAUCUGUUUUAAUGGGACAUUCUUUUGACAAUCCUUUGCACUAAUUUAAGGAGGCCCUUGUAGAGCUGGCCCAAGUGCCGUGCACUUUCUAAAAAUCCAUUUGGCAAGCUAGACUUGCUUGCUCUCGGACUGUCCACCAGCACACUAGUUAGCCAGCUAGCUAAGUGCAAGACGAAAGUAGCAUACAGCUCAAACAGUGCAUGUGAAAAAUCAAAGGAGGUGAUUUGAAAGCCGGCAUUUUUAAUUAGCGGAGUUGCGUUUUGACUUUUUUUUUGCUUCGCUCCCAGUUUUUGGUUAAAACUAUCAUAAUGAGGAUGAUAACAGUAUCAUCUGUAGUUUGCACGUUGGCCGUGUUUUUAGUCGCGGCACGAGCGGAGCCGAAAUCGAAGAGCUGCAGUGAAGUAAGAGCAGCGUACAGUUCCAAAGGCUUUAACCUUAAUGAUGUUCCCCAUGAAGGAGUGAAUGGUGCCCACCUGAAGGUAUGUCCGCAGGGCUUCACCUGCUGCACGGUGGAGAUGGAGGAGAAGCUCAGCCAGCAGAGCCGCUCCGACCUGAAGGCCCCGGUCAACCAGCUGAGCUCCAAUCUGCAGAGCACCUUCACCCAGCGGCACCGACACUUUGACCGGUUUUUCCGAGAGCUGCUGAACAACGCCGAGCGCUCGCUGCACGACAUGUUCGUGCGGACGUACGGCCAGAUGUACGUGCGCAACGCCGAGCUCUUCAAGCACUUCUUCGCCGAGCUGAAGCGCUACUACGCCUCAGGCAGCGCGGCGGUCAACCUGGACUCCAUGCUGGCCGACUUCUGGGCCGAGCUGCUGGAGCGCAUGUUCAAGCUGGUCAACGUGCAGUACGAGUUCCCGGACUCGUACAUGGAGUGCGUCAACCGCCACGGCGAGCAGCUCAAGCCCUUCGGCGACGUGCCGCGCAAGCUCCGCCUCCAGCUGACGCGCGCCUUCGUGGCCGCGCGCACCUUCACCCGCGGCCUGGAGCUGCUGCCCGAGGUGGUGGCCAAGGUGUCCACGGUGAGCGCGUCUCCCAGCUGCGUGCGCGCCGCCAUGAAGAUGCUCUACUGCCCCUACUGCUCGGGCCAGGUGGCCCUCAAGCCCUGCAAGAACUACUGCCUCAACGUGCUGCGCGGCUGCCUGGCCAACCAGGCCGACCUGGACUCGGAGUGGAACAACUUCCUGGAUGCAAUGUUAAGUCUUGCAGAGAGACUGGAGGGGCCGUUUAAUUUUGAGUCGGUGAUGGACCCCAUCGAUGUGAAGAUCUCUGACGCCAUCAUGAACAUGCAGGAGAACAGCAUGCAGGUCUCACAGAAGGUGUUCCAAGGGUGUGGUCAGCCCAAACCGGCCCCGGUUGGCCGCUCCAGACGCUCGAUCAAAGAUCAGAGCUACACUGGCCGCUUCAGGCCCUACAGUCCUGAUGCCAGGCCCACCACCGCAGCUGGAACCAGCCUGGACAGAUUGGUUACGGAUGUGAAGAAGAGGCUGAAGCAGGCGAAGAAGUUCUGGUCCACUCUGCCUGAGUUGGUGUGUACAGGCGAGUGGGCAGCCCCAGGGGAUGAAUGCUGGAACGGCACAGCCAAGAGCAGGUACGAGUCGGUCGUCAUGGGCAACGGCUUGGCCAAUCAGGUGUCGAACCCCGACGUGGAGGUGGACGUCACGAAGCCGGACAUGACCAUCCGCCGGCAGAUCGCCGUGCUCAAGGAGAUGACGAGCCGGCUGAAGGCGGCCCACAGCGGCAACGACAUCACCGUCGAGAACGACGAAUACGAGAGCAGCGGGGAGGAGAGCGGCAGCGGCUGCGCCUUGCCCUCCUGCGACGACGACCGCGACAUGUACUUCUCCACCCCGCCCCCCCGCAAGCCUGUCGUUCCCCGUGUCAACGAGGUGAAGAACAGGGAGGGCGAGCGGGCCGCCGCCGGCCCGCAGAGCCGGGGCAGCACAGUGCUGGCACUGGGAGGGGUCGCCCUGGCCCUGCUCGCGCCCCUCCUCUGGAGAUAGGCAGACAGACAGACAGAGCGUGAGGAAGAAGAGGACACUGUACGAGAUGACUUUAAAGACUGCCUUCAGGACCUUCGUCUGUCUGCCAGCCGGGGAUGACUCUCGAGUUAUUCACCUUUUAA